AGUACCUUUUUGGGUUUUGUCAUUUUCUGUAACCUGUAUGCUAUCUUGUGCCUUAGCCAAUACUGGAUUAGGGAGGAAAAAUGAGCACAACAAUAGCCAUCAAUUUUUCUUCUCAUCCCAAACCAAAAGAUCUCUCAGAAGAAAGAAAACCCAUCUCCAAGCUUACCCAGAAAUCUGUUUUAGAACUCUUGGACAGAAAAUGCACAUCUUCCCUCCAACAUCUUAAGCAAGUUCAUGCGUUUGUAAUCAGGACUGCUCACAUUCAAGACCACUAUGUGGCUGGUACCUUAUUGAAGUGCUACUUAAAUCCUGACUUUAGCAACUUGGAUUGUGCUAUAAAGGUCUUCAAUUGUGUCCCAAAUCCUAAUGUUUUUGUUUGGAAUACUAUCCUCAAAGGGUGCUUGGAGAAAAAUGAGCCUUAUUUGGUCAUGUAUUUUUACUCUAAGAUGGUGCUUGGAUGUUCAAGACCUAAUAAGUUCACGUUUCCUACAUUGUUGAAGGCUUGUAGCAUAACACAGGAUGAGAGAGAAGGCGUACAGGUCCAUGCUCAUGUGGUGAAAAAGGGGUUUAGUGGGAAUGUUCACUUACGUAGUUCAGGUGUUCGAAUGUAUGCCUCCUUUGGAAAAGUAGAGGAGGCAAGGAGGAUGCUGGAUGGGGAUGGAGACCCAGAUGUUGUUUGUUGGAAUGCAAUGAUUGAUGGAUACUUCAAAUGUGGAAAUGUAGCAGCAGCUAAGGAGUUGUUUGAUUCCAUGCCAAAGAAAAAUAUUGGGUCUUACAAUGCAAUGAUAAGCGGGUUAGCUGAAUGUGGGAUGAUUGAAGUGGCAAGGAACUUGUUCGAUGAAAUGACAGAAAGAGAUGACAUAUCUUGGAGUGCAAUGAUUGAUGGGUAUAUCAAAGCAGGGAAUUUCAAGGAAGCUUUGGAGGUUUUCAAUUCAAUGCAAAAAGAGAAAAUUGGACUACAGAAAUUUGUUCUUUCAAGUGUGCUUGCAGGCUGUGCGAAUGUGGGGGCUCUUGAUCAGGGCAGAUGGAUUCAUGCUUAUAUUGUAAGCAAUUCUAUUCAUUUAGAUCCGGUAUUAGGCACUGCAUUGUUGGAUAUGUAUGCAAAAUGUGGCUGUCUAGACUUAGCAUGGGAUGUUUUCGAGAAGAUGAAGAAGCGAGAAGAUUUUACUUGGAAUGCCAUGAUUGGAGGGCUUGCUAUCCAUGGUAGAGCAAACGAGGCAGUUGAGCUAUUCUGCAAAAUGCAAAGGGAAAAGGUAAGACCAAAUGGGAUUACAUUUGUAAGUCUCUUGAAUGCUUGUGCUCAUGCUGGAAUGGUUGAUAAAGGUCUACAGAUUCUGAAUUCAAUGAAGAGGGAGUAUGGUAUUGAACCAGCAGUUGAGCAUUAUGGGUGUGUCGUUGACCUGCUAGGAAGGGCAGGGAAACUCUCAGAGGCGGAGGAGCUUAUAAAUUCAAUGCCAGUAAAGCCUGAUGCAGCAGUUUGGGGAGCACUUUUAGGUGCUUGUAGGAAACAUGAAAAUGUUGAAUUGGGUGAGAAAGUAGGGAAGAUCUUGCUUGAGAUAGAACCAGAAAAUAGUGGUCGUUAUGCUUUGUUGUCCAACAUUUAUGCAAAGGUGGGAAGAUGGGAUGAUGCAGCAGAAGUGAGAAUACUAAUGAAGGAAAGAGGAGUGAAGACAGCUCCUGGUUGUAGUAUGAUUGAUCUGGGAGGUAGAGUUCAUGAGUUCAAAAUGGGAGAAGGAUUAAACCCACAAAUGAAAGAAAUAUACUUGAUGUUGGAAAAGAUCAUUCAGAAACUUAAAAUGGAGGGCUAUUCACCAGACACCACACAAGUUUUGUUUGAUAUUGAAGAGGGAGAGAAGGAAAUUACAUUGAUGCACCACUCAGAAAAGCUUGCAAUUGCUUUUGGGCUGAUUAACACAAGGCCUGGAACUACCAUCCGCGUUCUUAACAACUUGAGAAUGUGUGAGGACUGCCAUUCUGCUGGAAAGCUUAUUUCACGAGUAUACAACAGAGAGAUUAUGGUGAGGGACCGAGUACGCUACCAUCACUUUACAAAUGGAGCAUGCACAUGUCAGGAUUUCUGGUAACUUUCUGGAUUUUAUGAAUUAGCAUAUUUGCAUAUAGAAUUCGCAAUGAGGUGUUUAUUCUAGGUCUGGUACAUACUUUUGUAUGCAAAACAGGAAAAUCUUCAUUUUCUGUGAAACAAUUCAGUUACAAAUUGUUUGGUUGAAGUAUCUGAAUGAGCUUUUGUUAAAAGACAGGACUAUUUAUUGAAAAACUUCUCUUAAAUAUAUGCAAAAAUUUCUGAUCUGGCCUCUUCAUUAGGAAUUUUGGACCCUCACCACCUCAAAACCAUCUUUUCCGGGGCUUUGAGUUCAUAAAGGAUAUAUUUUCACAAAAACCCUAAUCCACUUGAAAGUCUCAUUCAGUGAAUCAGUACCCCUAUGAUCUGAUUUUUUUCACUCCAUACCAGAUAAGUCAUGGUUUUUAUUUAAAUAUAUCGUUUACCGCGAUCAUAACUGGACUAAAGGCCUUAAAUUUACAACGAUGACUUAUAUACAAUUUCUUUUUUGGUAACGUGGAACCCAUCCGCCACCCAUCGGACAAUUGACAGGUAAACCCCGGGCCACAUAUGACUCAUAUACAAUACUAUCACACAAAAGCAAGUUCUAACUAUAGCAUAAAACAUGUACUCAGCACUCUCUGCAUAUGUUAUAACUUAGUGCCUUUUUCUAGCAAGUCCUUGGUGGUUGACAAUCAUUUGCGUAGACAUGGUGUGUCUCAGUAGAAGCCCCAGAACCAUAACUUCCAUAGCUAUCGUUGGUCUCGUCUUUAUAAGUGCUUGGACUGUUAGAGUCUGGCAAAGCUGACUUAUCUUUCUGAUCAGUUGGUUUCUCCUCCAAAAGUCUUGCAUCAGCUUCAAGACUCGAUAAAACCAAUCCAAGAACAAGUAAAGUAACAAUUGAAAUCUUCAUGAUCGAACCUGUAAAAAGUUCAAUACUACAGACAAAUUAAUAUCAUUACUAAGAGUAGUAAGACUAACAAAGCCUUG